AAUCAAAAAAGUUCAUGGAGGAGCAUUUGAAAGUGCACCGUUCUGGAAUUGGAGUUUGAGAAUUGGCUUUUUACUCUGGACAAAAUUUGCCAAUGGCUGACUCGCUGCCCAAGCCUGUCAUGGGUGAAGGAAAUCCGAGCCAGCCAAAAUGGCUGUCCGUGGGCCGGUCAAUUCCUGUCUCAGAGGAUGACUUGAGAUUGAUCAGCAAAGAAAUUGGACCAAAUAUUGAAAAUGCAUUGGAGAGUGAUUCUGAGAUGACAAAAAAACAACUGGACGGUCUGCUUAAUGAUACCUUGGAAACUGCGGGACUACUCAACAUUACUCCAAACCACCGGACCGCAGCCUGCAAUGUGCUCUGUGGCUUUCUUGACAAAGGGAAAGUAUCACGUGUUCACGAAUUUCGUCUUAUUUGUUUUGAUCUUCGCCGAUGGGAGAAGCUCUUCAGCAUUUAUUUGGAAAGAUCCAAUAAUGCAAAGAUCAAAUCAAUGAGGCAGGUCUUGACGACAUUAACCUCACUCAUUGUGGACUCCCAAAACCCCUUUUCUGAGUCUUCAAUUGUUCGGGAAGAUGCAAUAACCAGGCUCGUCCGUAUUAUGAUUGGGCAAGAGUUAUUCCCAAGGUGGAAAGCUGCGCUGCAAGCCCUGGAAUUUUUCAUUUCAAAGGAGGUGGUGUCAAUUAAGGAACUUCUGGACAUUGUUUCUGCACGAUUUGACGACGCGUCAAUAUACAAUUCAGAAAGGCUGGCAACAAAUCAAAGCAAGCAUGUUGAAAGCGCGCCGCACCUUAUAGAAUCCAAGCCAAAUUUCAAUUUGAUUGAAAUUUUCAUCUUACAUGCACUCACAUGGAUUCCACACUUGGAUGUUGCGCCUGCUGCUGGGCAUCUGGUGUCGACGUUCUUCAAAAAGCUCAGAGCUCAGAAAGAUUCCAAUUAUUACCGUUCUGAUUCACAUUUGCCGCUAUGGGCCUUUCCACUUCAGGAGAGUAUCAGAAAGUAUCCUGAAUCUUUGGAGACGUUCAAACAUCAUGUAUUUCCUGGGCUGUUUUCCAUAUCUGGUUCUGACUAUGUGAGUUUCUUGAAAUAUUUGCACCUUGACGACUUCUUGUCCGGCGCGUCUGUGGAAGAAGAAGACGUCGGUGCAUCUACGCUAUUCUCAGCAUUAGAAGUUGGAAAGGAGAUGGGUCUGGUCUCCGAACCUGGUGAUGAUAUCCGAAGCAAACCUGAUGCUCUCGUCGUCCCCGGCCAUGUUUUGGGACAAUUAUUAGACCACGCUUCGCCAACGAUCAGAAUAGCCGCUCUAUCAUUAUUGGUCAUGUCUUUAGCAACAACUAAGCCAUUCACAAACGAAACUCUUGCCGUUUUACGUCGAAAUCUUAUGAAUCUUCAUGGCGACACUGAUGCACGUUUUCGAAAUGAAGUUCUAAGUACAAUAAAACGGCUUUUCGACAGAGCUAGAGGGGGUGCCGCAAACUUGAAGCGAGAGAUUGACCGCCUGUCAAAGCAGCAAGCCAAAAAAUGGGAAGAAGGCCGGGAGACCAGUGUAGCUCGAGCAAAGGCGCUUUUUGAGAGUCAUAUCGAAUUUAUGUGCUGGUAUAUUAAUUGCUUAAAGUUUGAGCUUCGAUCUACAGCGUCAUACCAGCGCCAUUCCACGGCAUUGAAGGCACUCCUGCUCGUGGUUCGGUCCGGUCUAGACAGCACUAUUUCCAAACAAAAUUUGGCAAAGCUUGCACAAGGUGAUAUCAAGUGGGUCUUCAAUGUUGAAAUAUUCGACCCUCUCUUGAUCCGAGCUUUGCUGGAUCUUUUAGUCGAUCCUUUCGAAGACGUACGCGAUGCGGCCGCAAAAUUGCUUAAAUUAACACCACUACUUUCUUUGGAUCGACCAGCAUCUUCAUCUACACCAGAAAGUCUCAACUUCGAUCUCUGGACACACUUACAACGCAAUGAGAACAUUUUCCAGAGAACCGGUAGAGCCGAUCAUGCAGAUGGCAUUGCUCGAACCAACGAAGUCAUUUUUGAAGUGAGUCGUCUUAGUUCACCCCAAGGCAGCACCGCUAGCAAGUUCAGUCCCGAGGUUGAGCAAGUGGAGAGGAUUCUCGCAAAGCUUGAGGAGAGUAUUGCAGUUGCAAAAACAAAUGUUCUGAAUGCGGUGUCAGAAAGCCCAGUUCAUGGACAAUUAGCUAGCUUACGAUACAUACUCGACCGUUCGGAUUUCUAUUCCUCUUUAAACUCACGAAGUGCGGAUGAGCUUCAGUAUUGGAAGAAGCUUCACCGCCGGAUGAUUGAUGCCUGCAAUGCCAUCUGGCACUUUGUUAAAGGGGUCCUUUGCAAUGAUUCACCGGAAGGCCAUGUUCCGGAAGAUGCAGAAUUUGAUAGCGAUAUGGGAACCAAAGAUCUUCUCAGUUACUCUUGGCGAGCUCUGAAGGAGUCCAGUUCUCUCUUACGCAUUAUCAUCUCAAAGGCUACGCAUGUGCCUGGCGCUGCAGUCUCUAUGCUUGAGAAUAAGGGCUUUGAAGAGAUUGGAGGAUUAAGCUUUAUCCAACUUGCCGAUCUUCGGCAUCGUGGAGCUUUUUCGACAGUCUCACUAACCUUUUCAGCUUGCUGCAUCCGCUCAAGCAAGUCAAAGGAGCCCGAAGUCCGUCAGCUGCUCACGAUCUGGUAUAAGAAUGCUCUCUUCUGCAUCCGUGACAAGGCGUCAACAACUACUCGUCGUUCUGCCGGUAUUCCCUCUCUGAUUACAGGCAUUCUAUCUGCGGAUCUGGGUGGAGAACUUUUCCGACAAGUCGUCAAAGACCUGCAAGCAAUUGGUGGAGCCGCUGUUUCCACGGAUGGCGAAAUGCAAGAAGGAGACCUUCCGCAAGUGCAUGCUCUCAACUGUCUCAAAGACAUAUUUAAGAGUGCCAAACUCGGACCCUCCUCCGAGCCAUACGUCCCGGAAACCAUGGAUCUUGCCGCUGCUAGUCUGGGUUCAUCCAUAUGGCCAAUCCGCAAUUGCGGCAUGAUGCUGUUUCGAGCCAUCAUUGAUCGUCUCUUUGGAACCAGCGAGGGCUGGGACCAAAUAGACAGCGAGCAGACUUCCAGAUUGUCCAAACUAUCAUACCACAGCUAUCCGAAUUUGCCUAGGAUUCUCAUCAAACUUCUUGAACAGAGAUCAGCUGCACAAGCGUCCGAGAACAGUGGAGCUUCCGUGGAGGGUGUCUUCCCAGCUUUGGAAAUUAUCCGCCGGGCUGGUGCACCUAAAAACGAGGCAAACUUGAUCCGUGAACUUAUUUGGAACCACAUGGGCAGCAAACUAUGGCAUGUACGUGAAAUGGCCGCUCAGACGUACUGCUCGUUGAUCGAAGCAGGUCAGCAUCUCGAGACGAUCGAGGGGCUUCUUGAGAAGCCGUUUGAGGAUCAGAAUGCUGUACAUGGUAGAUUGACGUGCGUGAGAAACAUUGUUGAGCGGCAAAUCUUACAAUUCGAGAAGGGUGUUCAAGUGGAUGUCCGAGGGCUCAGCUUGUUGUUGGGUGAUUUCUACCAGGCUGCCGUCCUAGACAAUAUCUGCCCAUACUCAAAGUCUCCUUACAUGGACGCAGUCAAUUUGGUGGCAGCGGCUUUGGCGCGCUCUGGAAAUCAUCCGCGGCUCCUAGAAAAUCUCUUUCGAGACUUUCCUACCAGACCGACUUUCCAAGACACGCUUGAUGCUCUCCUACGAGUUCGAGUCGGGGGCGGGCUUCGAAGUCGACACGGUGCUAUUGCAGGACCUUUACUCCGCCGAGCAGCGGCAUGGAGUUUGACAAUUAUUUACUAUUCACGGGGCCAGUUCAGCAACUUGAAGAACUUACUAUCGACUUUGUCCCAAGAAGACCCCGAUACCACCUGCGCAACGUUGACCCAGUUGCGGGCUCGCCUCCCACACACCGAAUUCGCCAGAGAGCUAUGCUUCAUCUACAGCGACAUUGUGGCAUCCACGAGCUCUCCAUCUGUCAAAGCACUGGCUCUGGGCCACUGUGCUGAUCUUCUUUUGCACCAAUCGUCGUCAGCAUUUUCUCCCUCCUCCUCGGCAAACCCGAAAGCCCUGAACGAAAUGACGAGUAACUCGCAAAGCAUUACCCAGGCCCUUUCAGGACUUGUCCAGUGGACGCCUCCCAUCCAAGCUGCAAGUCCCUCUCUGAUCGAUGCAGAACUGCGACUUCGCGGUAUUCUGCUUGCGCUUCAGAACAAAGACAAAGAUGUCUGGGCCGGGGAUACCAAUACGAAGGUCUCAGUUUUGCAUGCAAUGCUUCGUCUGUUUGCCAAUGAACGCAACGAUUUCUCUACCCGUUAUGCGGGAGUCUCCUCCAUUGAAGGCUUCAAGCCUGGAUUUCGUAACUUUGACCAAUCUCCUCGGACCUCGCCCCUUCUCUUAGCACUCUACAUUGCACUCUACGAUACACUUAAUGACGAUGAUGAAGAAAUCCGCGAAAAGGGCGCCGAGGUUGUAGCAUGGAUCCUGAAUUCGUCGUCAUCGACUUCUGCCAAACCAAAGAGUACUCAGUUGCAACCGCAAGCGCAGUCUCUCAUUAUCCCGCCUGCCGCAUCUUCUCUGCUCAUGGACUUCCUUUCAACACCUUUAUCAUCGUAUGCAAUCUCGCCUCUUCUUCUGGCAGAGGGCAUGAGUCGCGUCGCUGGACAGAGAUACUUCACUGCGCGAAGCCAACUUUCUCAUUCAAGUCCCAAUAUAAUGGAUCCUAAGCUCAACCUUGUCAGAGCAGAGAGCUCUCUUGCUGAUGCCUUGAAAGAAGAUGACUCGCUCUUCGUUGAGGAAAAGCAGAAUUUGUAUAUUGACGAAGUGCGUGAAGCUGAGGCUUGGGCAGAGCUGUUGAUGAGACUUGAUCCUACAUCCUCUUCUGCUUCGAACUCCUCACCAGAAAAUUUUGCAUAUUUCGCUAAAUGGAUUGUUGACGGGCUCUCCGCACUCACAGAAACCUCCAAGCAACGUGGAAUGGACGGUCCCCUAGGAUGGACAGCUAAGCCAGACGUAUUCACUGUUGGAAUGCGUGUGAUUUGUGGUGCAAAGGUUAUCCUAUCAUGGUCUGCACCCAUCCAGGUGGCGAAGGCAACAGAGAUGAAUGCUUUGGUGGGUGAAGUGAGAGAUGCAGUACAGCUUCUCGUGGAAACUGGCCGCAAGGCAGCUCUGCAUGGGAUGUGGAUGGAGAGACUGGAAGCAUUGCUUUAAGGUGAAAUGGCGAGCCAUUCAAUCUGCAUGGCCAUUGUGACGGAGAUGGCUUUCACUCCUGCUCAUCACAAAGGCCUGAGAUUGGAACGGGGCAAGUGACAUACAUAUGCACCCUGGAGCUUUGGCUACGUGAAGGAAGUCAUGGAUUGCUUUUCUGUACAAAGGAUUCAUUUGAUAUACCAGAAUUAUUGUAAAUGGGCGUGAAGUAGUGUAC